AUCGAUCUAUCGAUCGCACUGUGGUCACGCCAGCAUCGCAUCCAUCCAAGUUACAUGGUUUAUUAAAAGAAUCAAAUUGCAGCAUUUACAUUUCUGUUAAAACACUUUGUCAGGAGGAGUCAGUUGAAGGCUGCAGUGAUUCUGGUGACACUACAAUGUAUGAGAGUGAAGUUAUUGAAUAUUUUUGUCUCUCUUUGCUGUUGCAGACCGUUCCUGUUCACUCCAUAGACACCCGUUUUAUUUCUGCAGCUUGAAAGACAGCUACUGUAGAUAAAACCGGGUUUGUAGCACAUUGUCUGCUUUACAAUGAUGGGAAAGAGGCAUCGUUUAUGUUUUGACAAUGUAUAUCUAAUGAGUUAUUGAAGCUGGAAGUUUGAAUCUGUGAAUAUCUUUCCAACUUUACUGAACUCGGGGCCACAACCACUCAAGGAGUGGUUUAUUUAAUUUAGAAAAGAGCAUUUAGCCAUACUUUGAGGUUUAAGUGCUUUACUAACAUGGAACUAAAAAAUCUGUAUUUUUUUAUGAUCACAGGUUCUGUCUGAAAAGAAGUGGCAUCAUUUUAAACAGUGAAACCAAACUAAUAAAAUGUAAUGACCAACCAGUGUGUAAUACUGGAUUCUGCAAAACAUAAACACUGAAUGCAGAAUACUGGACAAAGAAAAUAUCUACAGAUAUUUUUUCAUCUGUAUCUAAAUCUUAUCCGAACACAGUUAAUGUAUUAACUUAUUUAUUUGUGUAUGCACGUAUUUAUUUAUUUAGUACUGUUAUAUCAGAGUUCUGAGUGGGUUUUUCUUUAGACAGGCAAAGGCCAUUUAUUGAUCACAUACAGUCUGUCAAUAAAUGCUUAUUGAAAACUAAAAAGCAUUUAACACUCGCAAGACUAUGCUUUUAGGAUACUCCUUUAAGGACUGAAGAGGGAUCAUUUAAUCCUCCUGUCCUGCUCUGUCUGCCCCGGAAUGUGCAUUAUGCUAAUCAUGUGGCAACUUCUUGCAGGGAGAACAGUGGAAGGUGUGAACGGUGUGUGUGGGCGGGGGGUGGGAGGAAAUAUGCUCCCCCUUCCCAGGGGGGAUUGGCAUAAAAAGUCUGAAAAACACUUUUGUGGUCAUUAGCUACAUUAGCUAUAUGAGACAUACAAGAUCCCAGUGGACAACCUGCCAGUUCGUCAUCUGCUCCAAGACCUCUCCAAAAAAAAGAUGCAGAGAAGAUUCACUACUGAGCAGGCUUUGCAAAUGAUUCUGACUGAAACAAGCGCUUUUGACUCUGAUGGAGAGGACAUAGACCUUCAGUCAGAUUCUGACUCGGAGCAGUUUUCGGAGGAAGACGCUCCCCCUCCCCAGAAGAGGACAAAACGGCUGGAUACCGCACUAACGGAGACCGCAAAAGAUGGCACAGUGUGGUGCAAGGAAGAGGUUGGACGACAUCUGAAAUUCGCUCCUAUUGAACCUUACGCUGCAGAAGGAGAGCCAACACAUGAAGCCAGAAUAAGGAUCAAAACUCGCCUUCAAAGCUUCCUCUGUUUUCUCACUCUCCAGAUGCUUCGUACCAUUCAAGCAUGCACAAUUGAGCAUGCAAGGGAAACAGAGACUGUGGAUUGGUUCAUGGCUAUUCCAGAACUAAUGGCUUUCAUUGCAGUUGUCAUCUGGCGAGGGGUGACUAAGGUUCCAUCAUUGUCUGACAACUGGUCAGAGAUGUAUGGAAACAAACGGAUUAUGGAAACAAUGAGUAGCGACCGCUUCAAAGACAUAAUGCAGCACCUACGGUUUGAUAGCAAGAACACACGGGCUGAGCGAGUGCAGACAGACAAGUUUGCAGCUAUUUCCGAAUUAUGGGAAUCAUUUCGACAGAACUGUGUCACAUUCUACAGACCUGGUCGGCACAUCACAAUCGAUGAACAACUUUAUCCAUCAAAGACACGUUGCCCUUUUCUGCAAUAUAUUGCUACAAAACCGGAUAAAUUUGGUAUCAAGUUUUGGGUGGCGUGUGACUUGAAAUCAAAGUAUAUUUGCAAUGUCUUUCCAUAUGUUGGCAAAGAACCUGGCCGUCCCAAAGAGGAGAGACUGUCUGAGAGUGUGGUAAUGAAGUUGAUGGGACCAUUUCUUGAUCAGGGCAGAACUGUCACGACGGACAACUUUUUCACAUCAAUUUCACUUGCAAGAAAAUUACGCAGCCGGAAAACUACCAUUCUUGGGACACUCAAUAAAAUUCGCAGAGAAAUUCCCCCUUCAGCUCGAGAGAUAAAGCAAAGUGAGUUCAGCACUCAGGUGUUUUCAACAACUGAUGCAACACUGACAGUGUACGCAGCCAGCCGGAAGAAGACAGUCUACGUUAUGAGCAGCAUGCACAGUGUGAUUCAGACUGAGGACAGCCGCAAAAGAAAGCCAAGCACCAUCACCCAGUACAACUCCACUAAAUGCGGUGUGGACGCCAUGGAUCAGAUGGUGCGGCAGUACAGCGUACGGGCAGGAACAAGAAGAUGGCCUGUCAGUGUGUUUUAUAAUAUGGUUGACAUGGCAGCCCUGAAUGCCCAUGUGCUAUAUCAAGCCUGCACAGGAAGGACGGAAAGGCGGCCAGAUUUUCUGAUGCGGCUUGCCUGUGAGUUGGCUGAGUCUUAUGUGACAUCAAAGAAGAUUGGAAAGGAAAACCAUCUUCGCAAACAGGCUGCCACACCAGUGGAACCGGGCAAAAGGCAGAAGUGCCAAGUCCAUCACCGGUGCAAAAAGAACCCUGCUACUGUUCGAUGUGUGCAUUGCUACAAGUUAACGUGUGGCAAAUGCAAAAGAGAAGUGCCAUGGGAGUGCCAGGUCUGCGCAGACCAGUUUUGAAAAAGUUGUGUGAUGACACACACACGGUAAAUGUGUAAAUUGUGUAAAUAUUGUUUGUGCUUUCUACAAUGUUGAUUCAAAAAUAUAAAUAAACUAUUAGAAUAA